AUGGAUCCUUUUGAAGCCUACUUAACAACUCCAAACGAGGAUCCUUUCUUUGCUUUCAACAAAAAAUAUGGAGCCAUACUUGGCGAAUUUCAAGAUCAAUUUGAUAUUCUUUCAUGUGAUAUGGUAGAUUUUUUUGAGAAUUCGAAGCAGAAAGAAGAAGAAUUUGUGCGGAAGAUGAAUUUGUGUAAAACUUUGAAAAAAGCAAUCUCGAAACACAACCCGGAUUGGUUAUUCAAUAUAGUGCCAACUGGAAGUUCGGUUACUGGUCUGGCAACUGCUAAUAGUGAUUUGGACGUAGCAAUUCAUAUUCCACAGGCUGCGCUUAUACUGGAGCAAAGGUGUAAAGGGAAGAAGAUAGAUGCGGAGGAGAAGAAAAUUAUGUGGAGAGAAAUGCAACUAAACAUCCUUCAAAUCGUUCGUCUCGUUCUGGCAAACAACGAAGAGAUAAGUCAAAUGAUCGACUGGGAAGAAGGUGUCAAUCUAGUCCAGGCUCAAAUUCAAAUCUUGAAACUAAAAACUGUGGAUGGGAUUGAAUUCGAUAUCAGUGUGGUUAUGGACUCCUUUUUGUCGUCAAUGCACAACUCGUUUUUGAUUAAACAUAUGGUUUUAAUCGACCAUCGCUUCGGCCCUCUAUGCGCUGUUGUCAAAGAAUGGGCGGCCAGUACAAAAGUCAAAAAUCCAAAAGAUGGAGGAUUCAACAGUUACGCUCUAGUUCUCCUCGUCAUCCACUACCUUCAAUGCGGCACCUUCCCACCGGUCCUUCCAAACUUGCAGUUUCUGUACAGAGAUAAGAAUUUCAUUGCGAUGAGCGAAAAGGACUUCCCAGUUCGCUUGGAUUUCGGCGCUGCCCUCCCGUUUCCUCUCCCAAAAAUCCAAAAGAAUGAGGCACCAAUUGCACGUCUCUUCCUAGAAUUCUUGAAUUAUUACUCGGAAUUCAAUUUUGAUAAGUUCUACAUUUCUAUCAAGCACGGCAAAACUAAGAUCAGAGAACGAAGCGCCAGUGAAACGGUACAAAACGAGAACCGUAAGCAGGUCUAUAUUGAGGACCCAUUUGAUUCGCAUAACCCUGGAAGGACGGUCAGGUCGCUGAAGAAUAUUCAGAAGAUUAUGAGAGAAACAAUGGACAAAUUCGACCCGGUAAAAUUUGAAAAAGAGAACCCACACAAGGAGAAAAGCGACUACCAAUUCCCGACACUCAGCAGCAUUCUCAAAAUGGAAGCGUUGUCAGCUACAGUAACCGUGGAAACAGAGGAGGAAGAGAAUGUUGUGCCACGGACGAGCACCGCGUCGGCCUGA